AUGGAAAAGCCUUCAAGCCGCCAUGUUUUAAGCAGUACCCGAAUUAUCUUCAAGGCCGCCAAGGCAAAACGGCAGGGAAACACCGACACCAUUGACAAAGAGAAAGUGAGCGAAUCUGCUAAAAUUCGGUUGUCUGUUGUUUCCUAUUAUGGAAAACUUGAUGAACACAAACAUGUCAAAUAUCUGAAGAAGCUGGAAAAUUAUGUACUCACAUCUCCAUCCACCACUACGGAGAAGAAUCCACCUUCAGAAAUCUUGGUCUCCUCCACCAACCCUUCAGAAAUCUCUCCAUCUUUUUUUUCAAAGAAAUCUAAAGAGAAAAAAGAGGAGAAGGAGCACAGACAUUUGGGGAUAUUUUUUCACAGGUCUUCCCAAUCAAACGGAGAAGAAAAUCGAGGACAUGGAAAGGCUGAGAGGAAACAAAAACAUUGA